ACAGGUGAUAGACCCUUCGGUGCCACCCGCUCAUGAUAGGAAACAUGGGACAACUGCAAGAAUUUGUCAUCACUUUUAAGGACAAUAAAGUUGUUUAUAGUCCCGGAGAGUCCGUUUCAGGCACCCUGAAAAUCACAACCGCCCAUGCUGUACUAUUUAAAGAUAUCAAGGUCAAUUGCCAAGGCUUAUGUGGUGUCACCAGCAAGAUCAAUGACACAGCCUGGACAGUGGAGGAGCAGUACUUCAGCAGCACUCUCUCUGUGGCAGAUAAAGGAACCCUGAAAUGGGGAGAUCACAGUUUUCCAUUCAAGUUUAUCAUUCCAGCCUCUCUUCCCCCAUCUUUUGAAGGGAAAUAUGGAAAAAUUAUGUACAGAGUGAGGGCUUUCAUCGACACUUCUCGCUUCUCUAAGGACUAUAAGACAGAGAAACCUUUCUACCUGCUGAGUCUCCUCAACCUCAAUGAAGUGCCUGACAUCCAUGGACCUAGUUCAUCUUCCAUUACUAAGAAUUUCACCUACCUGCUGGGGGUAAAGACGGGAACGGUGGUGCUGAAGGCCCAGAGUGACAUGAAGGGCUACACCCCUGGUCAGGUCAUCCAACUGACCACAGAGAUCGACAACCAGUCUGGGAAAACCACAGGGACUGUGGUGGCCUGUCUCAUGCAGAAAGUGACUUACCAGACAAAGAAGCCUACGAUUGACUUGAGGACUUUAGCACAGGUGGAAGGUACUGGGGUGAAGGCUGACAAACAGGUUGAGUGGAAGGAGCAGAUUAUUGUACCUCCUCUGCCCCAGUCAUCUCUGGCUGGCUGUGGCCUAAUAAACAUAGAAUACUUUAUUCAAGUCUCUCUGAAAUCUCCUGUGGCUUCGUUUUUGUUGCCCAUCCACAUUGGAAACAUCUCAGUGGACACCACGUCAGCACAACCCUCCAGACCACCUCCCCAUACCCCUGAUCCUCUUUGCUCCUCCACCAAGCCUACCAAGCUAGAAAACAGCAGCCGCUCUGAGCCAUCCUCCUAUAACCAAGGACCUCCUACUACUACCCCAACCCCAGCCCCUCGCCCUGCCUCCCACCCAGCCCCAAAACCUGUUCCCAGGAUCAGAGUCUCCACUUCUUUCCCUAUCGCCCCUCCAGCUGCCUCCCCGAGUGCCCCUCCAGCUGAGAUGGACAAUCUGGCCAUGGGGGCCAGGGGGCUGGCGAUCAAGGCCAUCCCUACCAAGCGCCACACCCAGCUGGGUGCCUUCACCUUCACCGUCCCGUCCUUCUCUGAGGGCUGUGCCAACUCCAUGCCAACCCUCUACCCACUACUGCCUCCAGAGUACAGCACCUCCACACUCCCACAUGAAGCUCCUCCCAGCUAUGUCGAGAGCUGUAGCAGCAACACAUGAACAUAAUGAAACAGGAGAGACUGACUGCUGGCAAUGCUAUACUGAACAUGAUAAUCAACCUCCCUACUCCCUGCUACUGGAUCAUGCUGCCAGGCAGCCCUCCUUAAGUACAUCAGCCCUGGUUAAGCAACACCUUUUUAUGACUACUGAUUGUUUUCACACAAUUUUAGCACUUUCAGGAGAGUAAUAUGUUUUUACAUAAACAAUUUUUAUAGCUGGAGACAAGUUUUUAAAGUUAAGUCAGGGUCAUGUAGAAUUAGUUUAGAAUAUAUGUUAAAAUUGCAUCUGUGAUGUUUGAAACAUGAAGGACAGGGAUUUUAGUUUUGUAUGUUUGAAAGUUGACUGGUGAAACCUGUGCUGCUGAUAUGUUUAGAUAUUGGAUGCAAGAAACCUAGCUUAGUGAGUGCUCCAAUAAUGCUAUGGUUUGUUCAUUGUUUUUGACUGAAAACAAUUGAUUAAUCUUCUCAUAAGGUGUACACUGUGAUUGACGAUUUAACUGUGUGAGAUUCUUAGUUUGCUGUAUAAUUGUUAUAGAAAGAUUGCAGUGUUUAAAAUCAAGCUAGCUGUGCACAGAGCUGUUGUCCUCAUUUGGCUAUAAAAUCAACUGUGGUAUAUUAUGUAGAUUUAGAUUUCUACUAGUCUAGCAUUUGCCAUGGGAUAUCCUGUUAAUAUUUAUUUUGAGUUGCUUUAUAUUUCAGCAGAUUUGCUUGAGAUAAUGUCACUGCAACACUGCUCACAGCAUUUAAUGUUGCUCACUGCUUUCUUGUCUUUUUCAAAGAACCGCCAGUUAAGGUGAGCUCCCCGCCCACUCAGCCUACUAGCUCCCUGCCUACUCAGCCUACUAGCUCCCCGCCCACUCAGCCUACUAGCUCCCUGCCUACUCAGUCUGUCUUUUCAAACUUUCUGGUAGUUUGACAUGAGAGAAAGUACUUAGCUUUUUUAUGAGGAAAAAAUAUAUUAUGGGUGAUUUCUUUUUUUUGUCACCCAAAAGGCUAUUUUACAUGGAAUCAGAAUGACUGUUCGAGACCUUUAAGACAACCCCCUAGUAAUGCUGUUGUUUUCAGAUGUUAAACUGAACACCAGACUGUAAAUCUUACUCUAUAGUUACCUCUUGUGGCUGAUAACGGAAUGUCAUUGACAUUUUUUACUCAUUAUAUUACACUACUCAAUGCAUACCAGUGGAGGCUGCUGAGGGGAGGAUGGCUCAUAAUAAUAGCUGGAAUGGAGCGAAUGGAAUGGCAUCAAACACAUGGAAACCAUGUAUUUGAUACCAUUCCACCAAUUAAGGUGCCACCAAUCUCCUGUGAUGCAUACACUGUUUUAUGUAACCUGUAUGUUUUUAUUUAUAGUUUUCACUUAACUGUCUUCAUAGACAAUUCACUAUGUCCUAUAUCCAAAUAAUUGUGUAUGCAUAGGCAAUAUAGUGCCUUGUUAAUUUACAAUGCACAACCUAAUAAAGUUGUUUU